AUGUCCGGCAACAACACCACCACCGACAUCCUGCUGGCCGGUGCUUUCGCAGCCUUCACCGUCGACCUUCUCGUCUACCCGCUCGACACCCUCAAGACCCGCCUGCAGUCGCCCGACUAUGCCCGCCUGUACCUCAAUGCCAAAACGAACACCAUCAACCGCCCGGCCCUCUUCCGCGGCCUAUACCAGGGCGUCGGCAGCGUCAUAAUAGCCACAUUGCCUUCUUCAGGAGCAUUCUUCACCACCUACGAGGGGUUCAAGGCCUUCCUGACCUCCCACAACCCAAAGCUGCCCUCGCACAACUCCCACCUGCUGCCGCAGCCCGUCAUACACUCGAUUGCCUCCUCGGUCGGCGAGCUCGUGUCGUGCGCGAUCCUGACGCCCGCCGAAGUCAUCAAGCAGAAUGCCCAGAUGGUCGACGCCCGCGCCGGCCGGGGCAACGCCACCGUGCAGACCCUAGCCAAGUUCCGCUCCAACCCCCUCGCCCUCUGGCGCGGCUACACGGCAUUGGCCGGCCGCAACCUGCCCUUUACCGCCCUCCAGUUCCCCAUGUUUGAGCGCAUGAAGGAAUACCUCAAGAGCUACCGCGACAGGGCCGGCACCAGGACCGGUUCGCUUGCCGAGAGCGGCAUGAUCACGGCCAUCAGCGCCGGCUCUGCCGGCAGCGUCGCCGCCGUCGUCACCACCCCCAUCGAUCUCAUCAAGACGCGGAUCAUGCUGUCUGCUGCCGAGGCCUCCAAGCCGGCGCCCGACGCGGCACCGGGCGCCCUCAAGGAUGCCCUGGGGAACACGUCGAAGCCUGCGGGAGACGGCCCCGUUGCUGCUGUCAAGGACUUGUCAGGCAAGAGCGGCUCCCGAAAGUCGAGCUUGGCCAUUGGCCGCGAAAUCAUUGCCCAGGAGGGUUUCCGCGGCAUUUGGCGCGGCGGUGCCCUUCGCGCUGUUUGGACCAUGGUCGGAAGUGGCUUGUAUCUAGGUGUAUAUGAGAGCGGCCGCAUCUGGCUGGCUCGCCGUAGAGGCGAAGACGUGAACGCAGAUGAUUUGUUCUAG